GACUGUGCAGGGGGCGGGGAAGGAGGAGGAGUUUGCCGCAGCCGGUUGCAUGUUCCUAGAUCCGAUCGUGUGCUCCAAUAUACACAUCAAUGGCUGCAGGGAGUGUUAGAAGCGUCGUGUUUGUGACCGGCAAUGCCAAGAAGCUGGAAGAGGUUGUCCAGAUCCUGGGAGACAAGUUCCCAUGUAAAUUAGUGGCAAAAAAGAUUGAUUUGCCCGAGUACCAAGGAGAACCAGAUGAAAUCUCAAUUCAGAAGUGCAAAGAAGCGGCAAAAGAGAUUGAGGGCCCAGUUAUUGUUGAAGACACGUGUUUGUGUUUUAAUGCUCUAGGAGGACUUCCAGGUCCUUAUAUAAAAUGGUUUCUUGAUAAGCUAAAACCUGAAGGUUUACAUCGGAUGUUGGCAGGAUUCGAUGACAAGUCGGCCUAUGCCCUCUGCACAUUUGCUUACAGCACUGGAAAUCCAGAUGACCCUGUACUUCUCUUUAGAGGCAAAACCCUGGGGCAAAUAGUAUCUCCACGAGGGCCGCGGGACUUUGGAUGGGACCCAUGUUUUCAGCCGGAUGGUUUUGAACAGACGUAUGCAGAACUUCCAAAGGAAGUGAAGAACAGCAUUUCUCAUCGAUACAGAGCACUAAAGGAAAUGUCCGAAUAUUUCAUCCAGAAUAACACUCCCAAAGUAUAAGUUUGUGAAGAUCUGAAGCAACCAUGUAAUCCAUUGAACUCUUGUCAAAAAACUUGAAAUCCGGGAUCUUUCUAUCUUGAUUGUACUUAUUUACAUAUAUUGCUUAAUAAAUGUGGUUUUGUACGUAAA